UUUUCCAAUCCCUUGGAAAACCCGGCGCCCCGUUAUGACAGCACAUCCGACUCAAUCAAAUGCCACCGUUCGGCCACUUUCGGGCCGUACGACUGGCCCAUCAAAGCCACUGAACUCGUAUACCCGGAAGGCCUCGAACGGUAUAAAUAUUUCGCCCGAUUUCUGCUCGAAGGAGAUGUCGUUCCCUUCUUCAGGACAUAUUCCAAGAGUCUGCUGUCAUCGCCGGUAAUAAUGACCAAAUCGUGGGCUUCUCUUCAGCCCCGAAGCGAACGGUUCCUCAAAUCAAUUAUCUCUCAAAACAUAGACAACAGAAAGAGUUUAUUAAAUAAAUGGAAAAGUGAUGCAAAUUACCUAUUGAAGGAAUACACCGAAUGGUUACCACAAUCGUAUCACCAAGAAGUGAGAACUCGGUGGUCGACCAUUGGUGCCGAUAGUAUCACGUCUUAA